AACUGCCUGCUUUCAAACACUAUUUGGUCAUGUAUGUCCAAAUUUGGAAAGAAGGCGUAGAUCUGAAAAAAUAAACCCUAACAAUUCGUCGCAUAGGAGUCGCUGAGUUGGGAGACGAUCGAUUCAGAUGGCACUAAGAGGUGUUUGGCAACUUCAGAAGCUGGUGGUUAGCUAUUCUGAUUGGGGAGGCAGUAGCAGGGGUUUAAGGGCAUUUAUGGAGUCUCAUCUGCCAGCAUUCAAGGACAUCAAUCCUCAGCUUGAAGUGGUAACCGAGCUGAAUCGCAGGCAACAUCCAUACUUGAAGGGAUUAUACAAAAACAAGAAUGAGCGUGUUGUCUCGGUUAAAAACUUGACCCCGGAAGAAAUUCUGUUACAAGCAACAAGGCUAAGGAAUUCACUGGGGAGAAAGGUGGUGAAGAUGAAGACUAGACAUGUCACCAAACACCCAAGUGUCCAAGGCACCUGGACUACAGAUUUGAAGAUGUAAGACCAAUGUUUCAAGGUACGAUAAUGACUAUUUUGCCCCCCCCCCCGUUUGAGUGCAAAACUCGAUAAGAUCUAUCUAUGUGAUCUAAACCUGCUCUUUUUUUUUUUCUCGACUCGUAUUUAUUAUGAAACUACAUACUAGCUUUACACUCUAUUUUAGGUGUGAACAGCUUUUGUGAUUUGC